AUGUCAGACACCGAGAAGGCAUUCCAGAUCAACGUCUCUGACGCAGACAUCGAGUUCUUGCACAAAAAGCUGGAGCUUACGCGUUUUCCCGACGAACUUGACGAAGCCGGUUGGAACUACGGUGCCCCUCUUGCGGACGUCCGACGCCUGGUGGCGCGCUGGAAGGACGGGUAUGACUGGCGCAAGGUCGAGGCAGAGAUCAACGCGAUUCCUCAGUUCACCAGGGACAUCGAUGUAGACGGCUUCGGCACGCUCAACAUCCAUUAUAUUCACCAGAAGAGCUCUGUAGCGACGGCAGUGCCGCUGCUGUUCGUACAUGGCUGGCCGGGGCACUUCCUGGAAGUGCGCAAGAUGCUGCCGAUUCUGACGGCCGCGUCACCGGACCAUCCGAGCUUCCAUGUUGUCGCACUGAGCUUGCCGGGCUAUGGGUUCUCCGAGGCACCCAAGAAGAAGGGCUUUAGGGGGCUGCAGUAUGCUGAGGUCGCAAACAAGCUGAUGCUUGCUCUCGGGUACAAUGAGUACGUCGUGCAGGGUGGUGAUUGGGGCUACUACAUUUCCAAACUAAUCGUCGCAGAGUAUGGCACCAAGACCGUCAAGGCCUGGCAUACCAACAUGCCUGUUGCCGGACCACCAAGCGUGUGGACGCAUCCAGGCCAGUUUCUCCUAUUCUUGGUGAAGCCAUUCACUGCCGCCGAGCGCGCUGGCUUCGGUCACUCGCAGACGUUCCAGAAGAAGGGAAAUGGGUACUUCAUGGAGCAGUCAACGCAGCCACAGACGGUCGGCUACAGCCUGGCAGACUCGCCCGCAGGUCUGCUCGCGUGGAUCUACGAGAAGCUCGUCCGGUGCACGGACAGCUAUGCAUGGGAGGAUGACGAGGUGCUUACGUGGAUCUCGGUCUACUGGUUCUCGCGCGCCGGCCCUGCUGCGUCGGUCAGGAUCUAUUACGAGGUCAUUCAGGACGACCCCGGCGCCUUGCGAAUGGCGAAAUAUAGCCCAAUUCCUCUUGGGCUGUCCUUCUUCCCUAAGGAGCCCGUAGUCGUGCCAAGAUUAUGGGCAAGGACGCUCGGCAACGUUGUGUUCGAGGCUGAACACGAAAGAGGCGGCCACUUUGCGGCUCACGAAAGACCGGAGGACCUCGCGGGCGACCUGCGCAAGAUGUUCGGCAAGGGCGGCCCUGCGUACGGCGUUGUGCCGGGCAAGGACGGCUACGUCGGCCGCGAUGCACGUCUGUGACAGCAUUGUCCGUGUAUACAUCAUGGUGCACCAAAGGUACUGUAUUGUACGCUUGCUAUCGCAAUUCUGUCGUCGUGUUUGCACCUGCG